CAUUCACACUUGAGAGAUCAAAGUGUCGUCAGGUCACGUGCUGGGCGAUGACGUCAGCAGGGAGCUGCAGCCUGUGAUUGGCUGAGGAGCGAGGUGGGCGGCAGCAGCUGCUGUGUGUGUCUCUGUUUCUGCUGCGGGACGUCUUUUGGAAAAUGUCUCUCACACAGAUCUUUCUCGUCCUCUGCGUGAGCGCCGCUGCGCUUUGUGAUGUAACGCGUCUGAAAACGUCCAGCAGCGAGCACGCGCAGGCGCGCGCCGUGUACGGUCUGCUGCGGCGUCUGGUCGGGAACAGGUCUGCCGAGUUCACGGUGAAAGUCCACAAGAACCUGUCCUGGGACGGUCUGGACGUCUGCGAGCUCCGCUCGACCGGCGACAACAAGCUCGCGGUGACCGGAAGCAGCGGGGUUGCCGCCGCUUCCGGCCUCUACAGCUACUUCAAAUACUUCUGCAACUGUCACGUUUCCUGGUCAGGUGACCAGCUGGACCUGCACCGCCCCCUGCCCAAAGUCAGUGGCGUCCUGCGCAUCAGCACCCCCCACAGAUUUCGGUAUUACCAGAAUGUCUGCACUUAUAGCUAUUCCUUCGUGUGGUGGGACUGGCUAAGGUGGGAGCGAGAGAUUGACUGGAUGGCGCUCAAUGGCAUCAACCUGGCUUUGGCUUUCACUGGACAAGAAGCCUUGUGGCAGGAAGUUUACCAUACUCUCGGCUUAAACCAGUCAGAAAUAGAAGACUUCUUUUCUGGUCCUGCCUUUCUUGCUUGGAACCGGAUGGGAAACAUGUUCCGCUUUGGUGGACCUCUGCCACAGUCCUGGCAUGUGAACCAGCUCUUACUCCAAUUUAAGAUCUUGACACGAAUGAGGUCCUUGGGCAUGAUUCCAGUGCUGCCAGCAUUCUCUGGGAAUAUUCCAAAAGGAAUCCUCAGGUUAUUUCCAGAAGCAAAGGUAACCAGAUUGGGUCCUUGGUCUAACUUCAACUGCAGUAUGUCGUGCUCCUAUUUGCUGGACCCCCGUGACCCACUUUUCCUCCAGAUUGGCUCCCUCUAUCUGUCCCAAGUGGUCAAACAGUUUGGGACAGAUCACAUCUACAAUACUGACAAUUUCAAUGAGAUGACUCCGCCCUCCUCUGACCCUGCCUACCUGUCUGCAGUUAGUCGCUCUGUCUUUGCUUCAAUGACUUCAGUUGAUCCUCAGGCAAUUUGGCUGAUGCAAGGCUGGCUGUUUUUUAGUGACCAGACAUUCUGGAAGCCAGAGCAGAUUCAGGCCUUGCUGCAUGGAGUACCUCUAGGAAGAAUGAUAAUACUGGAUUUAUUUGCAGAAACUGAGCCAAUUUACUCUUCCACCAAGUCAUUCUAUGGACAGCCAUUCAUCUGGUGCAUGCUACAAAAUUUUGGAGGCAACAGUGGUUUAUUUGGGACAGUGGAGAGGAUCAAUUCAGGGCCAUUUGAAGCCCUGAGUUUCCCGAACUCCACCAUGGUUGGAAUAGGUAUAACCCCUGAGGGUAUCGAGCAGAACCCUGUGAUGUUUGAGUUGAUGAGUGAGCUUGCUUGGCGCAAGGAGCCCGUGAAUUUGGCCAAAUGGGCAUCACUAUAUUCUGUACGUCGCUAUGGCAGCAUGCACAAGAACCUGACCACUGCCUGGAAACUUCUGUUCUCAAGUGUGUACAACUGCACUGUACCACAUUAUAAAAACCACAAUCACAGCCCACUGGUGCGACGGCCAUCACUUCACAUGAACACUGGCAUUUGGUAUGACCCAGCAUAUUUGUACAAAGCCUGGAAGCUGAUUAUUGAGGAGGCGCCAUCUCUCAUGUCCAAGGAAACGUUUCAAUACGAUCUUGUAGAUGUGACUCGGCAAGCCAUAGAGUUGCUUACAAUAUCUUUUUAUCACAGUAUUGUGGAUGCCUUCCAGAAAAAGAAUCUGACAGAACUAAUGACUGCAGGUGGCGUGUUGGUCUUUGACCUCUUACCAGAACUCAGUCGUUUACUGAACAGCAAUCAUAACUUCCUUUUAGGGGUAUGGCUGGAACGGGCACGAUCCUUAAGUGUGGAUGAAAAGGAGGCACAACUAUAUGACAUGAAUGCUAGAAACCAGCUUACACUAUGGGGUCCUGAUGGUGAGAUCCUGGACUAUGCCAACAAAGAGUGGGGAGGCCUGGUAGAAGACUAUUAUGCCCAACGUUGGGGCCUGUUUGUCCAAACUCUGGUCAAGUGCUUAAACAGUGGACAGCCAUUCAAACAGGAUGCCUUUAACCAAGCAGUUUUCCAGAUAGAAAAGGGAUUUAUUUACAAUGGGCGAAAGUACCCAACCCAGCCUGAAGGAGACACUUAUGAGAUUUCCCGGAGAAUCUUCCUGAAGUACUAUCCACAGGCCCUGAACAGAUUCUCAUGAGCAGAGAUGUUUUGGUGG